ACUCACACGAAUGUGCCUCUCGAAAAGGAUCUCCUCCGUCCCUCUUGGGAAGAGAAGAGGGAACACAAGAAGAAGCACCUGGUGCAGAGCCCCAAUUCCUAUUUCGUGGAUUUGAGGUGCCCAGGAUGCUCUCAAACCACCAUGGCUUUCAGCCAUGCACAAAUGAUAGGUUUGUGUGGUGGCUGCUCCACUGUCAUCCGCCAACCCAGGGGAGGAAAAGCCAGGCUUUCAGAAGGAUGUCCCUUCAGAAGGAAGCAGCACUAA